AUGUAUGAGAGGUGCUUUGGGAAGAAGAAAAAACAAGACGCAGACAGCGACACAGAAUAUAGACCUGCGCCUUCAAGACCCCGGAGAGAUGACUACUAUGAUGAUCCAAGAAAUGCGACUCCCUCCAGGUAUGACACUCGCGACCGGUAUGAUACUCCAACCCCUCGGAGAGAUGAAUAUGGCACUCCCAGGCCGAGGAGAGAUGAAUAUGGCGGUGUGUAUGACACACCGAGACAUUGGAGAGAUGAUUACGAUGAUGCGAGAUACGAACGCACCCCAAGAACCCAGACCCCUCCUUCGCCAGCAAGAGAUGAAAGAACUCGCACCCCUUUAAGAGCUGAAUCCCCUCCACCACGUUGGACUCCAUUGAAAGCUGACACUCCAAGAACGCGCACCCCAAGAGAUGAAUCUCCCUCAAGAUAUGAUAUUCAAACGCAGCGUGCACCUACCACACCCCUAAGACCAGAAACUCCCUUGAGAACUGAAACACCGAGAACUCGCACUCCUGCUGCGCCUGUAAGAGCUGAAUCUCCCAUGAGAUACGCAUCUCCGCCACCUCGUACACCUGUAAGACAUGGAAGUCCCUCGAGAGGUGAAACCCCGCGAACUCGCACCCCUCACUCAGCUCGAAGGGAAGCGUCACCCUUAAGAUACGACGCUGUUUCACCUCGCGCACUCCCUACACCACUAGGAGCUGAAUCUCCCACAAGAUACGCAUCUCCGCCACCUCGUACACCUGUAAGACAUGGAAGUCCCUCGAGAGGUGAAACCCCGCGAACUCGCACCCCUCACUCAGCUCUAAGGGAAGCUUCACCCUUGAGAUAUGAUGCUGUUUCACCUCGCACACCCCAUACACCACUAAGGGCUGAAACUCCGAGGGCUUAUACACCCAGCACUCCUUCGAGACCUAUAACACCCUUCAUCCCCCCUGAGGAGAAACAAGAAUGGGGUUUUGCUCUAAAAGAAAAGAGGGACAAAGAAAAGGCUCUGACUGCUGAUGAAAUUGUACAAUUUCAGGAACAAUGCUUGCGUGAACACAAUAAAUACAGAGAACAUCACGGUGUUCAGCCCCUAGUGCUAAAAAAACCUUUAUGCAGAAUCGCCCAAGAAUGGGCUGGGCAUUUGGCUGAGAUCGAAACUCUAGAUAAUCAUAAACAUUUUUCGUAUGGUGAGAAUCUAUUCCGUGGCAAGGGUACCAUAUUUACAGCUGAAGAUGUGAUAAAAAAUUGGUACAAUGAAGGUGAAAGCUACGAUUUUUCCAAACCUGCUUUCCACGAUUCAAACAGCCAUUUUACACAAAUUAUAUGGAAAGACACUAAAUAUCUUGGAGUUGGUAUUCAAAUAGCUAAUAAUCACACUUACAUCGUAUGCAACUACCAUCCAGCUGGUAAUGUCAUCGGAAAUUUCGGUGCCCAGGUUUUGCCGAUAAAAGCUGUACCGCAGUUGACAGAUAAAACUAUAACUGAUGCAAAAGCUCAAGUUUAUCGAGAUGAAUUUGCGAAUGCCUGUCUUGAAGUACACAAUAAAUAUCGUAUAAAACAUGGCUGCCCUCCUCUUAUAUUAAGUGCACAACUGAAUAAGCACGCCACCGAGUGGGCACAGCAUUUAGCUAAAAUUGGCACUUUAGAACAUCGUCCGAAUGAUAAGUACGGUCAAAAUCUUUUCAUGGCUACUAAUUACGACCCCAGCGCGGAAGAAGUGAUUAAAGAUUGGUAUGAAGAAAUCGAUCAAUUCGAUUUCAACAAUCCGACUUUUACUCCGGAUACCGGCAAUUUUACGCAGCUAAUGUGGAAAGGCACCAAGGAAUUGGGCGUGGGCAUUGAAAAAGUGUAA